ACACACACAGUCUCACUCAAUCAAGCACACAGACACAUGUCAAACCCCACCAACUCCCACGGAAGAAAAUACUGUGAUUUUGCUGUAGUGGGGGUUGUGCUUUUUGGUUUCAUGAUCAGCUUAGAUUUUCCUCAAGAACAACGAAAAUAUUUGUUUCACAAUUCUCAUGUCUGCAAAUCUAAGAGCUUUAGUUCUGAAAAAAAGGUGGAAACUUCAGUGUCUUCCACCAAAAUCAUUCUUGCGCCAUUACUUUAGUUAACAUCAUUGUGGGUCUGCUUUAAUUGCAGACUUUGUAAUACACUGUCCUUGACUGUGACAUGCAUCCAAGUUUUGCUUCACCAUGUGCUGCUGCUUGUUGCUUCCAUCAAAUUCUCUUCAAUUUUAUUGACUUUGUCCUUGGAUUGUAAGUAAAAGCUGAGCUGAGAUCUUCAGAAUUGAUCUGGUUUCCCUUCAGAAGAAAAUGGUACUUCAGCUGAUUCUCCUGCUAAUUAAGCUACAUUUAGUAGUCAGUAGUCAACAGCUUCAAGAAUAUGCAGCCACCAAUCUGCUACAUUCCAGAACCAGAAGCCUUUUAAGUAAUGCAGUCUUACCAUCAGUGUUAUCUUCUGAAGUUCCUUCAAGUAUUGCAGACCCACCUGCAGAGUCAUCUUCUGGUAUUGCUGGAAGUAUUGCACUUCCACCUUCCAAGUCUAUGACCAAAACUCCUGCAAAGAAAUGGAUGCAUCAUAAGCAUCACUAUUCCAGAAGAGAGAACCAAUAUCCAACUCCAGGGCCAACCUACCCAAUCCAGGCUCCUACUUACAGCCAUCAAGGUCCUUCAGCCUUCGAAUCACUACCUCCUUUCUCUUCAAAGAGCAAGGAUAUCCGCGCACCUUCACCUGCACCAUCACCGGCAUUACUGUCAGGCCACCUGGAUGCAGCGCCCUCUCAUUCACCUAGAAUUUCACCUCUAGGUUCAUCACUAAAGAAGAUAAAGUCUCCACCACCAGCAUAUACAUUGGUUCUGCCUCCUCCACCUCCUAAUAAGGAUUGCUUGUCCAUGACUUGCUCAGAGCCCUUGACAUAUACACCUCCGGGAUCACCUUGUGGCUGUGUUUGGCCGCUUCAAGUUAAGCUUCGUAUCGGCGUCGCAAUAUACAAGUGUUUUCCUCUGGUUUCAAAGCUAGCUGAGGAAAUUGCAGCAAGCGUUUUUCUGAACCAUAGCCAAGUUCGCAUCGUGGGAGCUGAUGCGGCUAAUCAACAACUAGAGAAAACCAAUGUUCUCGUAAACUUGGUGCCCAAAGGAGUAAAAUUUGAUGAUACCACAGCAUUUUCAAUGUACAAGAAAUUCUGGCACAGGGAGAUUCUACUAGAUGCUUCGCUCUUUGGUGCUUAUGAAGUACUCUAUGUUCAUUAUCCAGGUCUUCCACCAUCUCCACCUUCAACUCCUUCAGGUGUUUCUAGUAUAGAUGAUGGACCAAAUCCAGGUCAUGAUAACAAUGGAAUGAUGAUGAAACCUUUAGGAGUAGAUGUCUCAAAGAAGGAAAAAGAAGGAAGUAAUGGACGAAUGAUUUUUAUCAUUGUUCUGUCAUCAAUUACUGCUUUUGUUCUAUUCAUAGGACUUGCUUGGCUUUGUAUGUUGAAAUGCGGUACCUAUGUUCAUAAAAAAGAACAAGUUCCAGAUGGUUUAAUUUUGUCCUCUUCAAAACAAUCAAGGGAUACUAGGUCAUCAACUCAUGGGGUCACGCGAGGUUCUGGAUCAGGGUCCUUUAAUUCUGGAACAAUAACAUACACCGGGUCUGCUAAGAUGUUUACUUUGAUUGACAUAGAGAAAGCAACAAAUAAAUUCGACUCUUCAAGAAUAUUAGGAGAAGGUGGUUUUGGACUUGUUUACAAAGGUAUUCUAAAUGAUGGGAGGGAUGUAGCGGUGAAGAUUCUUAAAAGAGAUGAUCAGCGUGGAGGCCGAGAAUUCUUGGCAGAAGUUGAGAUGCUUAGCCGCCUACACCAUAGGAAUUUAGUUAAAUUGAUAGGUAUAUGCAUAGAGAAACAGACUCGUUGCCUAAUCUAUGAGCUUGUCCCUAAUGGAAGUGUGGAAUCACACUUACAUGGUGCUGACAAGGAAACUGGUCCACUAGACUGGAAUGCCCGGAUGAAGAUUGCACUUGGUGCAGCUCGAGGAUUGGCUUAUCUGCAUGAAGAUUCAAAUCCAUGUGUCAUACAUAGGGACUUCAAGUCCAGCAACAUCUUGUUGGAAUGUGACUUUACACCCAAAGUUUCAGAUUUUGGACUGGCUAGAACAGCACUGGACGAGGGAAACAAGCAUAUCUCCACACAUGUCAUGGGCACAUUUGGCUACUUAGCUCCGGAAUAUGCAAUGACCGGCCAUCUUCUCGUCAAAAGUGAUGUUUACAGUUACGGAGUUGUACUCCUUGAGCUCCUAACCGGUAGAAAGCCUGUGGACCUGUCACAACCGCCAGGUCAAGAAAACCUCGUCACUUGGGCUCGUCCAAUUCUCACAAGUAAGGAGGGUUUGCAGAUGAUCAUAGACCCAGUUAUAAAGCCCCACAUAUCUGUCGACACUGCAGUAAAAGUUGCAGCAAUAGCUUCCAUGUGUGUGCAACCAGAAGUGUCUCAACGUCCUUUCAUGGGUGAAGUUGUUCAGGCCUUGAAGCUGGUAUGCAAUGAGUUUGAGGAAACAAACUAUGCAAGAUCAAGGAGAUUUCAAGAAGAGGGUCUUCUGAGUCAUGUGGAAGGGAAGUUUUGUGGCUAUCAAUCUGGUGAAGAAAAGGCAGCAUUAUCACCAUCAGAGCUUCUCAGCACUUCAGGCCAGGAAUUUGAGUCUUUCAGGAGGCAUUCUACUUCAGGGCCUCUGAUUACAGGGAAGAAAAUACACUUUUGGCAAAAAUUGAGAAGAGGUAGCACCAGCGAACAUGGAUUUCAACUAAACUAUGGCUAGGAGGAUCCCAUUAAGUUUUCACCACUGUCUGAAACUAUGGCUAGGAGGCUAUCAUGAGCUUGGACUUGUGUUUAUUACUAGCAUAUAUAGAAUAGCAGAUUGUAAGCUAAUAGUUUGAUUUGGUAGCUCUUGCUUACUGUUGCCAACAAAAUACUGGCAUUUUCUUAAUGCUCAACUGGCCUCAUAAUUUUCAUUUUUAUAAGAAUGGCCUUGCAUUGUGAA